UGUGCUUAACUGGUGUACGAGUUAAAAGGCAAUAAUUACUAGUAAUAAAAUAUUAAAAUUUUAAGAUCAGAAUAGGAUCAGUUUGUGAGUGUUUUAAAACUAAAAACUUUUGUUAACUUUGACUGUCUGGUUGCCUUUGGAAUGUUAAAAGGACUGCUUUUAUUGCUUCUCUGUUUGGCGCAAAACAUUGCUGUAGUCCGUAAGCCCUUUUCUGCAAAGGCCCCUUCAGCUUGCCAUGUGAUGGAAAUUUUUCUUGCCGUUCUCGUGGUUAGUGUGCCACUGGCCCACUGUGCCAGGCUGCCAGACAGCACAAGCAGUGAGCCAGUAGCGUGGAGAGUGUUCUUCCUUCCUGUGGAUGCAUGCGUUUUUUUAGGUUUCGCUCAGAUUUCGAAUAAGUUGGAGUUUUAAAAAAUGGCUAUCCUUGAGUAGCAGAAUUAUUACCCAGAAGCUUUGUUAUAUGCCUGCGUGUUAACUGUUCAGAGUUGCGGAUUUAUUUUCUUUCACGGAGUUACUGUGACCGUUCUCCGGGAAGUGUUGCUUCUUACUGCAGCUGGAGAAGCUGUUUCUUAACAUAACUGAACGAGGCGGAUUGGAUAAGCAGACAUGGGGGAUCUGAUUCGAAGUGCUUUGGAUUACAUUGGUGGAGGCCAAACACCAGCUGUGAAAGACGAUUCUGACCUUGUGGGAAAUAUUGUAGAAAUCGAGAACAGAAAAUUCCGUGUCAAAAGGCUGAUUGCGGAAGGUGGAUACGCUUAUGUAUACCUGGUGCAGGAUGUCGAGGGCGGCAAAGAUUACGCCUUGAAGAGAUUGUUAGCACACGAUGAAGAUGCGGCAAAGAAUAUUAAACAAGAGAUCCGAUUCCUGAAAAAACUCACCGGUCAUCCGUAUAUUAUUGGGUACGUCGCAGCUGCGCUGUGCAAAAGACCAGAAAAAGCCAAUGUGGAGGAAUAUUUGAUUCUAACCGAAUUUUGUUCGGGAGGACAAGUGAUCAGCCUUCUCAAAAACAGGGAACUUCCUCUAUCGGUGCCAGAUGUUCUUACCAUAUUUUAUCAAACAUGUAAAGCGGUACAGCACAUGCAUAAACAGAGUCCGGCAAUAAUCCAUCGUGAUCUCAAGGUGGAAAAUUUGUUAAUUGGGGAGGAUCGCAAAGUCAAACUCUGUGAUUUCGGUAGUGCUACAACGGAAACCCAUGCUCCCGAUAUGUCUUGGGAAAGUUUACGGAGGAAUUUGGUAGAGGAAGAGAUGACACGCAACACCACUCCCAUGUACCGUGCCCCAGAAAUGCUGGAUUUAUAUAAUAAUUAUCCUAUAAACGAAAAGCUGGACAUUUGGGCAUUGGGCUGCAUUUUGUAUACUCUUUGUUACAUGGUCCAUCCUUUCGAGGAUUCGGCCAAGCUGAGGAUUUUAAAUGCCAAAUACUCUUUUCCACCCAACCGGAAAUAUGAAAUAUUCAACGAUCUCAUCAGUCGAUUACUCAAAAUUGAUCCAGUCACUAGACCAAAUAUUGAUGGUGUGCUGGAAAUUCUGGCAUCUAUGGCGGAAACUUUAAACGUCGAAACAAACAAAUCAUUAACCGUCAAAAUUCCCUCUCCAGUGGUCGAGGCACCUAAUCCGGGUGUACCUCAACGAAGAAACGAAGCGACAGAAAACAAACCCACCCCGACUAGUCAACCUACACAGAGCCAACAGCAGGGAAGUCUUUUCGGAAGCGUUGGCGGUGGUCUUCUGGGAAAUUUAGUUAAGGGUGGAAAAAAUAUUGUCAAAAACGUUCAGCAGGCUGCUGCUAAUCUGGUCAAAGAAGAUUUCAGUGCGAGGCCAGCUGAGAACCCAUCGGCCAGAUCACAACACGGCAGGUUUGUGUCAUAUUCGGAAUCGGAAGCUGAAUCCACACCGAAUCGUAAAAUUAGUCAACAGCCCAAUCAGGAAGUCGAUUUUGUAUCCCCGCCUUCUACCCGGCCGAUGCCUCAGCCGUCACCGAAACCGCCGCGACCGCAGCCACCACGAUCUCCGAAACCUGCUGAAAAGGCUGUGGUACCUCCUAGGCCUCCCUCCGCGUCUCCCAGUUUGGAUGAAGUCAACCCACCACCUGAGCCGCUGUUGACACCAGAGGAAGACUUGCUGGGACUUGGGAGUUCCGAAAUUCCCUCAGUUCAGCCGACAACGCAGGUGCCCGCUGGAGCAGAAAGCAAGACGCCAAUGCCUCCGCCAGUUUCCGAAACUGGAGGAUACGUCGAGGAUCUGCUGGAUAUGGGUAGUGCUCUUCCUAGCGCUCCUUCAAGCGGACCCUCAGUGGUAAAACAACAGGGUCCAUCAUCGGCCACUAUGAAUUUUGACCUGUUGGGCGGAAAUCAAUGGGACAGCUCGACUACUAAGGAACCACCUGCUGCCAAUUACAGUACGAAUGUUCCUAUCGAUCCAUUCAUGAGCCUGGGUGCGCUAUCCCAGCCUCCGCCGCCUGUCAGUGCUACAUCCAGAGCAUCCCCUACUGCUGCGGCUGCUCCCACAUCUGGCAUGGAUAAUUGGCUUGAUUCGCUCGGUAGCUCUCCCACGAGUGUACCGGUUGCUCCCAGCGUAACUGGUGUAGCCACACCGACAAAUCGUGCUAGUCCGCUACUUUUGCCCCAGUCACCGCAUCUGUCGCGGCCGGGAUCAAACAACAGCCUGAACAGUAUGGCCGCUUCGAAACCCGUUUCCCAAUCGGCUCCCGAUCCGUUUGGCGAUUUGUUUGGCGGUAAGGAUUCUAGUAAACCGCUUUUGACCCCGAUGACUGCGGAAUUACCUCGAAAUACUUCCAAUUCGAAUUUGGCCGGAAUGAAGCGGGAUCCGUUUGCGGAUUUGGGAAAUUUGGGUGGAUCAAUAUCACCGCCAGUGCGUCCUGGGCAGCCGGCCAACCCCAUGAUGGGCAUGAGCACAGGGCAGUCCGGUAAUCCGGUGAUGGGUAUGAAUGCCAACAUCCGAUCCCCAACGCCGGGGAGUCCACAUAUAUGAGGGAUACAAGGCCAAUGUUUCCAUCAGGUGCAGCUGGACCGCAGAGAUUUCCUUAUCAAACCCCUCAACAACCACAGCAACCUACGAACUACCGUCCGGAUUAUGCACAGUUUAGGAACACGACCAAUGAGGUCCCGGUAUAUUCCGGUACGAAGCCGGUUGUUAAUCAAAACUUCCUGGAUGACAUGUUACCGCAGGGUUUCAAUAACGCCACCAGGCCCCCGAGAACACUGAAAGAAAAACAAGCGGAAGUGUUAGUGAAACGGUUGAUCCGGAAACUUUGAAGAUUCGGGAAUGGACGGAGGGGAAACGGAGAAAUAUCCGUGCCUUGUUGUGUAGUUUAAAUACUGUAUUAUGGGAUGGGUGUGCCUGGAAAGGAGUAGGUAUGCAUGAGCUGGUUUCAGCCGAUCAAGUCAAGAGGGUAU